AUGCACCAAUAAUUAGUUAUCAAUUAUUGCUAAACAUCAUCAUUCGGAUUUAAUUAAUUGCAUAUUGUGAAAAGAAACAAACAAGUCGGUGUGUUUUUAUUUGCUGCUACAUAAACUUUCCAGUUUUGUUUGGAUUUUCUUCGUGAACCCUGGCGGAUUGUGAUUUGACGUUCCAAAACAAAUAAAAAUGAUCCCUCGAAUGUGUCUCCUAGUUGUAUCACUAUCCCUUCUUCUACGUCCAUCAUCGACAGCAAUAACAAGAUCAACAAUAGUCAAUGACAUCCACGGUAACCUGCUCAGCAACAACGACGUGAAAUUUCCAGCUUCGACGUGUUGCGUUGUGCCGACGUGCAACAGUCCUGACAAGUGCUAUCAGAUGGUCAGCUGCGGUUACCUGUGCAGCACUGGCAAGUAUGCACCGGCCGAAUUCAGCUACACACCUGGCUACAAGCUGAAGCCUAGCUAUAGGAAGUUUGAUUGCUUGUUCGAAGAUUGCAAACAAUACGAAAUAACUUGCAACCACUGCCAGAGCCCUCGAGAACCCGAAUUCAGCAUCUACCUGGUGAGAGAGGACUGCAAGGAGUGCUACUACCAAUAAACCGAAAAUGUUAAUACAAAAUAAAUUGUCCGCAUAA